AUGCCCUUUGCAUCGAAGAUUAGCGCGUACCGUGAGCUUAAACGCAUAGCUGCCGAAAGCCGCCAUUUGUACGCUCGGCUGCUGGGCAGCAUUGAGGCGCAGACGACAUCGCGACGUGUGGCUGCUUGUUGCUCUGGUCUCCAUGUCCGGUGGACGCCACCGAAUCGGAAGUACGUCUUCACCCGCAAAGGUGAUGGGCGUAGCUCUCCUUACCAGACAUCUGUUUGCGUACCGCUUCAUCACCGAUGCAGCUUGGCCGUGUCCGAGGCGAGCGGCGCGUCGGUGGAGGAGGCAGAGCUCGGCGCCAUCAUCGAUGCGCUGGCUAUUGUUCCCUCAUCGACAGAGUGGGCACGGAUAACGCGGGUGCUCGAUUCAGAUCUAUUCGUUUCCUUUGCAGAGCUUUUGGCAAGCCUGAACGCCUAUGCGCUCAUUCGAGUGGUGCGUGCACCUCCCCCUGCGCGUGCUGGCACUGCCGCUUUGCGUGCCCCAUUUGCAUCUGCAACCCGCCCACGGUUUCGUGCCUCAGUCGCCACGGAGCUGGCGUCCAUUGAUGAUGCUGAAACUGUCUUAAGCAAUCCAAGCGGUCACAUUGCAGCCAGCAGUGUGUCCCUGAGGAGAAGUAGGGUUGAUCCACAAGGACCCAUUCUUCAGCACUGGCAGCACGCGCGCCAUUAUGAUGUUGGCGUAACGGGUGACUGGGCACCGAGCGCACGUGAUGCGAUAAAGCUAGCCCUUUUCAAGUCGCUUGAUCUCUUGCAAGAUCACGCGGUAGAUGAGUGGCGUGAGGCAGGCAGAGAAGGUGCGGUGCUGUUGAAUGAGUUGGCACGCGGCUACUGCUGCACGAGUGAAAUGGACGUUUGCGUCUUCAAUUCAGUUUUGCAUAGCGGAGGCAUGGCAGGUAGUCCGUCAUGCGCUGCUGCUGCUGAGGACGUGACCUUGCGCUUUCGAUGUGCCGCAGAUUCUGGCAGUAUUAGCGUCACUGCAAUGGCUGUGGAACGAGCACCCAAGGAAAGCCACGUUGCGCCAACUUGUGUACCACUAAGAGAUGCUGAAAAGAUGAGCUUCGCUGCUACCAACACCGUUUCUUCAGCAGAGGCCGCUGGUCUGGUGAUGUCCGACGAAAUUCGUUUGCCCUUUCCCAUUUCAGCGGUCACGAUCCGGCGCCCUUUUGCCGAUGACGACUCCUGCAGAAGCGAGCCGGCCCUCAAGACGCUGGUAUGGCCGCACCGAUGCAUGACUGGUGCUGCUCUGCUGCUUUGGGCAGCUGUCAAGGUGUCACUGUACCGUAGUGCUACCUCUACCCGCAGCGCGUUGAUGCUUGGCUCCAACGGUAUCGCUGAAGGAGCCUCGACCGCCUCAGCGCGCUGCCCAUCACCCGCUGCGUCGGUGUUGGAGUGGUCUCGUGCCCCCUUCUUUUCCAUUUUUUGUGGCCCCGCGGAGCUGCAGCGGGGGCUCUUCUCACCUGCUGUGGCAGGGGGCGUAGAGCUGCGUGCUGUGCUGGACACCCCUGGCCCGACGGCACAAAACCACUGGCACUGCCCCGACGUGGUCGUCAUGAUUGCCUCUAUACGCGCCGCUCUUCAGCUUCCCUCAAGAAGCUAUCCAACCAUCAUGUUCGAGCAAACCGCAUUGCAUGAUCCGGCGCGCCGUGUGCGGGAGCUUGCCCAGGGCCUGCACGGGGAUGUGGACGUUUUCACAAGGGUGCACGUGCGCUGGGAGACCCCUCGCGGCUGCUUCGUAGCGUGUGCCGUGAGUGACCCAGCUCUGCACCACCCCAAUGCGACUCCAUGCGCUUCUGGGGUAUCACCCCAUACAUGGCUCUCGUGCGCAGAUACCGGUUAUCCUCGUGGUCCUCUUCUCCUCUUGGUUACUGCCGUUUGCUCCUUAUACGACCAGGUUGUCAGCCGUAUCGAUGCUGCUGCAGAGUUAUACCCCGUGGUCUCGGUGAAGAAUUCCUUUACGCGAGGCGGGCUGGACUUCCUUCUCUUUUCGUGGUUUGAGGCGUCGCCGCAGGUGCGCUGCUUCACCAUCGGUACCACACCACCAAACUGCUCGCAGCCGUCGAGGUCCGAGGCGGCCACGUUCCUCGAUGGGUCAACGCACCACGAGCUCUGCCCGUCGAUGACGCGCGCGAUGCUCUUCUACGACGUAUUGGGACAACGCGUGCUGUUUGCGGAAACACACGCCGCCAGCGCAGUGGACGCUGUGACGCGCGUGGAUGUACUUGCGGUUAAGCAAAACUGUCUUUGCCAUGACUUCUAUGCGCCACCUUCCACAGUGACAAAGCGGCCAUUUCGGUCGGUGGCACGGCAGCGACAGUGGCAGCGCUCCCGUCAACUGCUGAAACAUCGCUUGCAGCUGCACAUCGCAGCCGACAGCACGGGGACUGACGACCUAGCGAGAGCUCGUAAAUGCUCAGGGCAUCAGCACCACCGAACGGUAGUGGCUGCAUCUGUGCGUGCGUGUAUCGAGGCGUGCGCGUCAGAGGUGGGUGCACUGUGGACGGUAUUGGAAAUCAUCGCUGAAGUCGCCGCAGCGCGUGCGAGUAACGCUGCGGAGGGCGAUAGUAUCAACAGCCAAGAGGGUUUACGUGCCCUUCCGCCUCUGUCGGCGCGCUUCUUGGAAGACUCCCGUCCGACUGCUGAGCCGUUUGCGGGAGAGGCCGGCAGUGAAGCCGAUCCAGAGUGGUGGCUUGACAGCCGCGAUGUCAUGUGGAACUGCCGAGCACUAGGAAAAGAGGCGGCCCCGCCUCGCGCAGGUGUAAUGGAGGUGCAGCUGUCCAUAGGAACGUCACUCGGCGCUGCUAACACGACAUGCGCGAAGCAGGUGACGGCGGCGAGUGCGGAGGUCGUUGUGUUGCGGUGCCGUGUAGACGCGCUGCGAAGUGUGAACGAGGGGACCGAGGUCAAGUGGUCGUGCGAGGAACGCGUGACUGAGUGCCCUGCGCUCUGUUGCUUUGCCACCGUCACCUUAACGGCAGCACCGGCGGUCUCAGGCCUCUUUCCUGCUCUGGUGUUGCUGUGUCGUCGUGCACUCCAGCACAUCUACACGAUGGCCCGCUAUGCGCCGCUAGUGUCGAUUUUCCCACCCAUCAGCGAUGUUCUUGCGUGGUGCGCCGCAGCGGCACCAUUGUUUGGCAGCGCAGAAGACGGUUACCCUCCGUACGACGCGCGCUUCUACGCGGCCCCCAAGAUCCUCGGUGAGCUGCUGCAAGGUGUUGCGGGGAAGUACAGGUGCAGCUACAACAUUCCACCCCCGCGUCACGCUGCCACAAGUGCCGCAUGUGGUGGUGACUGUGGCGAGGAGUGCGCAGAGGUGGUAAGAAAUGAAAAAGUGGCGGCGAUUGCGGCCGCACAGCCGUCGACGAUCUUCUAUACAUCAAAGCCAAUUCACAUAGAUGCAACGGCCGCCAAGGAUGCGACACAGCAGCAGCAUGGCAGUUAUCUCGCAGAGCCACCUGCCGUGGCAUGCACGCUGUACCUUGAGAGUCUGCUGGGACAUGGAGCAUCUUCAUCGGUGUCUGCCGUCUCGCCGGCGUGUCCUGCUCCGGCGGUGACCCAGUUCGUUCUGGGACAUGGCGUGGGCCGUACGAAGCGGGAGGCGUGGCGGUCAGCUGCUUGGCAGGCACUGCGCCUCCAGUUCCCCGCUGUCUUGGCACAGCUGGAGUCAUACCGCGACGUGUCGGAGUUGCUGCAGCGCCCGGCACAACUGAACCGACUUGUGCGCAGCAGCGGCUGGGGUCGGAACGGCGCCCAGGGUGGGGUUACUUCUGUCGUUUACAAGCUGGACUUUGACAUCUCGGCUCUCUCUCCUCCUCCUCCUUCUGUUAGAACUGCAGCUACAGGGGCAGCCACCGCUUCCUCAGUUCAGGCGAUGCGCCAGCCACAGUGUCAGGUGACAGCUGUACGAACAGACGGCUCCACGGUGUGCAUCGUCCCCGGCUGCACAGCUACUGCUGGCUCUUCCGGAGAGGCCUACACAGCCGCUGUCGCCGCCGUUCUCCGUGCACUGCGUAGUGGACUGCAAGGGGCGACAACGCACGUGGCAAGCGAUAUUGUUCGGACAGCACCGAGUCAGAUGAUACAAGGAGCUACGUGGCCUUCGGCUCCUGGCUCUGUUGGCGGUACGACCGGCAACCUGCACUUGGGUCCCUACGCGGCGUGGCGUGACACAACGCACUACGGAAAGAGUGUUUGGCACGCGUACGCCGGGGCGCUGAGCGCUUACCUCGACAGCGAUGUGGUAGUGCAUCUCGUUGCCGCAGAGGAUGCCAGAGCCGAUGAUCUCGGCUCGCCGUCGCGUGGAGUGGGAAGCUGGAGGACCCUCAGCCGCCCGGUGAUGUUGUCAAAGGUGCAGGUACGUGUACGCGACUGGCGUGUCGGAGUAGCUGCCGCGGCUGGUGGCAUUUCCCCGAGAUUUACCGACCAGCGAUGUGAGGCAUCUUGCAGGAUCAUCUCGUUUGGGAAACUUUCUGCUGCUGCAGGUUGCCCAGUCGUCAGCGCCGGUGUUAGCGACUCUGCGGACGGCAUCCUGUUUGAAUGCACGGCUGCUUCUCUCCUUGCUCGCCGUUGGCGGCUCGAUACCGGGGCGCACGGCACACGUGUCGACCUGGUCGCUACCGCGGCCCCACCACCCAGUGAGCACUCCUCCCACCUUCUGCGGGAGAUUACCCGGUGGCUCAGCGCCAUGACGCAACAGUGUGCGCUGCCGCUCGCGGUGCGCGAGGAGCUGCGAGGACUCUUGUGCGCCCGCGCCUGUGACUUGGCGCGCAUUCAAGACAGCCAUCGGUGUACGCCUGCGGAGCGUGUGGAGUUGUUGCUGAUGCGGUGGGUGGGGCACCGCGCACAGGUGCGCAUUUGCCGUAUAGACCCCAGCGUGGCCGCAUCUCCGUCCUUGGAGGAUCAGACGGUGUGGAUGGCAGUGGCUCUAGUGGAGAUUCGAGCAGAACCCCGGCGUCUGGGCCCGCAGUCUUCUUCGCAUGCUGACUUAUCUCCGGAUGGCGACUCUCUGCCACUGCCAGAGCAAGACGGUGGGCUCAAGUCAUGUGCAGACACGAGGACGCGUCUUGCCCAUCCUUGGGUGGUGGCGCGUGCUGUUGGUGCCACCACCGACGAGGCCGCCUGGCAGCUCUAUCGACAAGUUUGCGAUGCACUACGCGAUGUGGUGGUGACGGAGCCAUUCCCACCACCCCCGGAGAAGCGGUGA